GUCAGUUUUUCAAGGACAAAAUUGGUAGCAGUAAUGAAGUCAUGUAAGUCACACACUCAUGAAGUCCGGGGCCAAGGGUGUCCUAUAUAACCUUCUAGCAUCGAACAUUCUACUUCACUGGACUUCUUGCUUUCUUUCUUGACUCUUAAACUGCAUCUCUGCUUUCAGACUCUGCAUCCAACUGCUGCAAAAAUAGAGGCGAAGAGAGAGCCUAGAAUGGAGCACUCAGAGAAUGUUUCUGGGAUGUAUGAAGCUGUAUCCAUGCCAAGGACUGGAAAGGAUUCCAUUUUCAUACCUGGUAGAAAAUCCAGCAGCAGAAGCUCAAGUGUGGUUCAACCUCAAGAUGACAAAGAUGAGGCUGGAAUUAGGAUACAAAAGAAGCGAAGCUUUAACAGGGAAAAGGAAUUAGCAAGUGGAAAAGCUGUUCGCAAAACAAAGUCACUAAGUUCCCAAUUCUUAGUUAAUAUAGAUGAACUUUUUAAUAAUGUUGCUGGGAGCUUUGAUGAAAAAGGUUCCAUUCCUAGCAGGGCAUCUAGCAAUGGCUUAGGCUUCUCCACCCCACUAGCUGGAUCCGUCUUGCCCUCGGAUGACAUUUCAGACGCCUCAAGACUGCAGAUUCCCCGUCAGAAAGAUAGUGCAACAAGGCAGUCUCGGUCAGCUCAUGAGAAGGAUCAGGAUUCUUGUGGGUGGAGGAAAACACACAGCAAACCUAGCUUACCAAUAUAUCUCAAGUUUGAAGAUGUCAAAUACAAAGUGGUAACAAAGGGAGGAAAGAGCUCUGAUGAGAAGCAUAUAUUACAUGGCAUUACUGGUUCAGUAGAUCCAGGGGAGGUCUUAGCACUUAUGGGGCCAUCUGGUGGUGGUAAAACAACAUUACUCAAUCUCCUCAGUGGAAAGGUCAAAACCAACAGUGGUAGGAUCACUUAUAAUGAUCAACCAUAUGCUAAAACACUCAAGCAUAGGAUUGGAUUCGUGCUGCAAGAUGACAUUGUGUUUCCCCACCUUACAGUCAAAGAAACUCUAACAUAUGCAGCUUUGCUUCGUCUUCCCAAUACAUUAACCAGACAGCAGAAAAAGGAAAGAGUCAUGGAUAUUAUCAGUGAGCUAGAUCUUGAAAGGUGCCAAAACACAAUAAUUGGUGGUGCAUUAGUUAGAGGGAUUUCUGGUGGUGAGAGAAAAAGAGUCUGUAUCGGCAAUGAAAUCCUGCUCAACCCAUCACUUCUGUUCCUUGAUGAACCAACAUCUGGUCUUGAUUCAACAACUGCACUUCGGAUUCUUCAGAUGCUACAGAACACUGCAGAGGCUGGCAAGACCGUGGUGACUACAAUUCAUCAACCUUCAAGUAGACUAUUCAGUAUGUUUGACAAGUUAGUCCUCUUGGGUAAAGGAAACUCCUUGUACUUUGGAAAAGCCUCAGAAGCAAUGCUAUAUUUCUCCUCAAUAGGUUGUUCUCCACUUGAAGCCAUGAACCCAGCAGAGUUUCUCAUUGAUCUUGCCAAUGGAAACAUAAGUAACAAAUCAGUUCCAUCAGAGUUGGAGGAUAAGUACUCCCCCGGAAGACAAAAUUUUGAAAAUGAAGAGGGGAGGCCUUCUCCAGGAGAAGUCCAUGAGUAUCUUGUAGGGGCCUAUGAAGAAAGAGUUGCAAACCUGGAGAAAAUGAAGCUUCUAAGCCCAGUGCGGAUAGACAGUGCGUCUGAGAUGCAAAGGAGAGAAAAUUCACGGGAAUGGGGAGCAAAUUGGUGGCAACAGUUUUCAAUUCUUUUCAGAAGAGGCCUUAAGGAGAGACGCCAUGAAUAUUUAAGUGGUCUUCGUAUAGCCCAAGUUAUAUCCACUGCUGUAAUCUUAGGAUUGCUCUGGUGGCAUUCUGAUGCUUCAUCUCCUAAGAAACUUCAAGAUCAAGCAGGGUUGCUGUUCUUCAUUUCAGUAUUUUGGGGUUUCCUCCCUCUAUUCACUGCUAUUUUCACAUUCCCUCAAGAACGAGCUAUGCUGGUUAAAGAGAGAUCUGUGGAUAUGUAUAGACUCAGUGCAUACUUUGUAGCAAGAAACACAAGUGAUCUUCCUUUGGAUCUCAUCCUGCCCAUAUUGUUUAUGUUGAUAGUAUAUUUCAUGGCAGGCUUAAAGCCUAGCUUUGCGGCAUUUUCUCUAACUAUGCUUACAGUUUUCCUCAGCAUUUUGGCUUCCCAGGGUCUAGGAAUGACCAUAGGUGCGGCACUGAUGGACGUGAAGAAAGCAACAACACUGGCUUCUAUUACUCUGAUGACCUUCAUGUUAUCUGGCGGAUUUUUUAUCCAGGAGUUUCCAUCUUUCAUAUCGUGGGCACGACACAUCUCUUUCAACUACCAUACAUACAGGCUACUCCUGAAGAUUCAGUAUAGUUGCUCAAAUUCAAAUUAUGAAGAAGGUCCCUGCAACUCUUCCUUCAUCAGAGGACUAAAACUUAAUAGGUCUGGAAUGGAACUGGGAGCCAUGGUAGCAAUGUGUAUUGGAUAUCGAUUACUGGCCUACAUAUUCCUCAGGAGAAUGAAACUCAGGACACUAACAUAGCUUACAUAUAUUCAAAAAUAAAUUGAAGAUAUCAGCUUGAUCAAGUUGAUAUCACAAAGAAGCUGAGUUUCUUUUGCAGCCUCAUUUAGUAUACCAGUUGGGAUCUAUGCCAGACCUCACUCCUUUUGGUGAUUUUCAAAUAACAGAAUGUAUGAUGGGAUCUGCUUCUUAUAGUGUUGAGGUAAAUAAAAAGCUAGUAGUAGAAUUGAAUUGCCA